CAUUUUAUUGUUGUUCUUAUCUCCUCACAGAAACACUCUCUGCUGACCUCCACACAAUGGCACACAAUGCUAUCACAACCCCCAAUUCCUCUUCCUCUUACACGGAGCAGAGAUCAGCAGCCAAUGCCAUCGCCGAAAACAGCGAUCUCAUCGCACAGAUCUUAGUUCGAUUGCCUGUAAAACCCCUUACCCAGUUCAAAUCUGUGAGCAAACAAUGGCUCUCUCUCAUCUCCGAUUCCCAAUUCUCUCUCCACCACUCUCGCCGCAAUCGCAAACCCAUCUCAGCUCUCUUCCUCCUCAGCCUCAACAAGAUCAACCCAGAAUUCUCCUUCCUUCCCUUCGCCGAUUGCUCUCUUGGGUCACCACAUUUCCAGUUCCUUGUCCAGCCAGUUUCAGACAUGACAAUUCUCUUCUGCAGUUGUCUAUGUUAAGAUACCUGCAGUCACGAGACUUUUUCUUUCACAUGGAUUGGAGGCUUGGAGCUCAUGUGUUCUUCAACAAUUCUCUUUCUUUCUUGUAAUGUAGUGAAUAAUUUUCCUUUUGUUCUUAUUGUAGCAAAAAUUUUCUCUUGCAAUGAAUCUAUAAGAUCAUCUGUUUAGCAUUUUAAUUUUCA